AAACAAACCUAAACAUUACCCCUUAUUGUAAUACUAAUACACUAUUGAUCUUCACCUUUGAAGGAUUUUAUUUGCAAGAAUCGUGAUAGCCGUCUAUAGUGAGAGCUGAACCACGAUUAUAGAGGCAUCCAGGAUAUAUUUCAACCUUAUUAUCCUAAAAUUUUGGUUCUUAUCGAAAAAAACAAGACUCACACAAAUCAAUUUUGCCGACCUUAAGAACUUAAUUUCAUUUUGAUUCCUUGAUAUCUCCAUACAAGUGUCUUAAUUUGAUUAACAAGUCCUGUUCAGCUGAAGUAUCUAUACACCCGUAUACUUCCACGUUCAUCUACUGUCUCUAUUUGCGAAAUAGGUCAUUAGUUGCUGUGCUGUGGGGAAUUAAAAGAAUCUAUUCUUUUGAGUUUACCGCCACCACACUUUUACUCGGGGUUCUAACUAUAUAGUUUUUAUUCCUCCCUGCCUUUCAAGCCACCAUAUUUUACCCUCGUCAUUAUUAUACGUCCACGAGGAUGGAUUUAGAAAAGCCAGCCGCUGCCUACAACCCGGGCAAGCCUCCAGCACCUGUCAGUUCAUUGACCAGACUUCUCAAUGAACUGGGAUCAAGUGCUGCUCUGCCUGCUGUAUCCAAGGCGAACCUGCAAGUUUCACUUGUUCAAGGUUCUCAAGAAACUACUGCACUGGAUCCAAUAGAAUCUGAUAACAAUCCAAAGCAUGUGAAUGUUUCUUCUUCCACGUUACGGGUGAAUGCUGACCCUAUUGACGACAAUGCUGAUGUUGUUAGCAUUUCACCAGGAAAUGUACGUGCAGUCAAUCCAGUCAUUAAUGGGUUUGACGUGCCUUCGUUUUCAAGCUCUCCAAAGACUACCCCAACUAGCAAGCCUGUAUUUAAUAUGGCAUUCCAAAAGGAAUCUCCUCUGAGACCUCCUCGUUCCACAAGAAAUGGGUCUGUAUCACAUUCUUCCUUUGUUGGACAAGAAAGUUUAUCCUCAUCCAUUCCAUAUAGUGCACCUGGUGGAAGAGGUUCAAGCCAAUUAUCAAACUCUUUCGCUGCCCACAACGCCAAUAACACUUCCGGUUUUGCUUCUAAUGGGCCUAGUGGAAGUAAUGGUGCCACCCCAGUUGUUUCUGGAACCCCAUCAUUACCUUCAGAGUCCACCUCUUAUAUACCUAACCUUCCUAAUGGACAACCUAUUUCUUCCAUUCAUAUCCAAUCUCCUCAAGUUAAUUCAUCAUCCAUUGAUUCGAGAUUCGUUAUAUCGAAACAAAGAGUUGCCCAAGCACAAGCACAAGCACAAGCAAAUGCUUCAUAUGGUUCAGCACAAAGGAGUGGGUCUCAAUCCGGACUUUCAUUUUUCUUUUCAUCUUCAAAAAGUAAAGGUGGUAAGAAAAAUUCGUCUUCAACAGAUUUAGGCUCAUUCUAUAAUAACUCUUAUCAAGGAGAAUCGCAUAUUCCUCAAGGAAAUACAGUAGCAAGCUCGCCAUCAUCUAUUAGUUCUGCUGAAUCUGCCUACUCUGGACAAUUCCCUCCUCCUUCGAGACAUAAUUCAAUGGCAAACUUGAAGCGUUUUUUCAAGAAAACACCAACUCAAACCACUGGUAGUACGCCUGUUUCAAACCUUUCUAGUUCAUUGAGAUCUAAUACAGAACGAGAAAGAGGUAUACCAAUUAAUAGUGUUUCUGGAGGCAAUACUCCAGUUGUUAGUGGUUUCCAAGCAGGUUCCUAUGGACAAGGUUCUUUAACAGCCACAUCUUCAAAUGCAUCAUAUUCUCAGUCACCAAGUGUUGGUGGUGGAUUUUCUGUUGGAAGUACGUCAGUCAGUAGAAAUUCAUCUAUGUUGCAAAAUAAAAUGAAUUAUCAACAAGAUAGAAGAGGUUCUGUUUCAACUUUGAUUAGUAACCAACAACUCCCCUUUUCCAAGAGAUAUUCUAAAUUUGGUGAAAAUUUAGGAGCUGGAGCUGGUGGAGCAGUUAGAUUGGUUACCAGAUUUGCAGACAAACAAGUCUUCGCAGUAAAAGAAUUCAGAAAUAAAUAUCAAAAUGAAUCUAAGAGAGAUUAUGCUAAGAAGAUUACCGGUGAAUAUUGUAUUGGGUCUACUUUAAAACAUCCAAAUAUCAUUGAAACUGUUGAAAUCUGUUAUGAAAAUGAACGAAUUUUACAAGUUAUGGAAUAUUGUGAUUUUGAUUUGUUUGCAAUUGUUAUGUCCAACAAGAUGUCUCGUGAAGAAAUUAAUUGUUGCUUUAAACAAGUCAUGUCCGGUAUACAUUAUUUACAUUCAUUGGGAUUAGCUCACAGAGAUUUAAAACUUGAUAAUUGUGUGAUUGAUGGCAGAGGUAUUGUAAAGAUUAUUGAUUUUGGUUCAGCAGUUGUAUUUUCAUAUCCAUUUACCAAGACAUUAAUUGAAUCUCAUGGAAUUGUUGGUUCUGAUCCUUACUUGGCACCAGAAGUUUGUGUAUUUAACAAGUAUGAUCCAAGACCGGUUGAUGUUUGGUCUGCAGCAAUAAUUUAUUGUUGUAUGAUGUUGAAGAAGUUCCCAUGGAAGGUUCCAAAGUUGUCUGAUAAUAGUUUCAAACUUUUUUCCACUAGAAAGGAAGCCAUCCCACUCACAGAAAUGUUGAAGAGAACACCAGACAUGGUUCCUGAAAUGGGAGCCUUGAAGUUGGACGAUAUUUCUGAGCAAUUGGAAGGUUCAAAGGCCUCUGAAUCAGAAGAACAAGGAAAAGAACCAGAAUCUACUUCAACAGAAGCCGAAAAAACUGGAUCCGGUUCCUCUUCUAAUAUCGAAGGUAAGGCUCAUACAUCCACCGAGACCGGUGCCGGAAGACUCUUACUUGCGUUACCUGAAGAUUGUCGUCCUUUGAUUGGAAGAAUGGUUGAUUUGGCACCUGCUUGUCGUAUUUCAAUUGAAGAAUGUUUCAACGAUGAAUGGCUUCAAUCAAUCCACAUGUGUACCGUCGAAGAAAAGCUCUCACCGGAUGGAAGUCCUAUUUACGAAGCCGUUUCUGGUGGAGACCAUAUCCAUACCCAAGUUGACCUGUCAAAGGCCCACAUUGCUGCAUUUGAUAAGAAUAAGAAGAAAUAGUCUAUCGUGAUUACUUUAUUUCUUUUGUUUCCUUUUUAAUUUGCAUAAUAGACUCACCAGUGAUUAAUAACUGUUUAUGUUUGGUUUUAUAUCUUGUUUGAUAUUUUUAUUAUUAUUACCGACCCCCACUCCAUCCACACUUUCAUUUCCUUGUUAUAUCUCAUUUACAAUCGCUCAAUUUAAUAUUAGUUGACUUGUGUACUUUAUUUCAAAUAGCCAACUGGUUUAAUUCCAGCCUUUUUCAAAAUGCAAAAUAUACAGAUUUUUAUAUUUAUUACAAUGUAAGUU